GUCAGCUCCCAUACCAGACGAUAUCUUUCCAGUUUUUGGUUGACUUCUAAUCUCCCUUCUUAUCAUUAUUUUUGAAGUUUUGCUCAAUUAUGGCGGCUAAUAACAGCAUAAACACAUUACGGUUGAUGCGAUCUUUAAUACGGGAGCUUCGUCUGGUAAAAAAGAGUUCUCCGAAAGAUACAAUGGCCUACAGUUUCUUGGUUGAUCAAUUCCGAAAGAACCAGGUGACAUCAGAGAAGCACUGUAAAGCGCACAAUGAGAUGCUCCACCAGGCGCAGACGUAUCUAUGCAUGCUCAAGAGUACAAGAGAACAUGAGGCCAUCCAAACUGUGUAUAGAAGGGGAGAGAGGACAAUAGAGGAGAGUGCCAGGCUAGUGGGAUUGAAACUGCCGAAACCUGCUGGAGAGUAGACUAGAUCAAGCCUUCAUGUAACUAUGGCAUAGUCAGCAGUGUUGUAGCCACAGUGGGUGGUGCCGGGCAGUGUUUGUUUUUCUACACAUCAGAAUUGCCAUCCUAAAAACUGUCCAUGAUUUUGUUUUUAAGGAUUUCCUUCUUUGAAUGUAUUUAGAAAUAAAAUAAAAUCCCCUUUGAAAAGCACUACGACUGUGGCAAGUUUAUAGUGCAGAAAACAAAUUGUUCAGAACUAAGAAAUUUCGCCCAGUACUCGUGAGGAAAAUACACUGCGCUGCCCAGCACAAAGUUCCCCCAGAUUGCACUUCAGCAAUGAUGGCCCCCAUAUCUGAACAUGAAUAAUUGAACUGUUUGCCCUUUGUGCUCGCCCCAGGUGGAUUUAGAGCCCACCACUAUUGGUCUAGCUGCAACACUGGUAGCCAGGAUGUUUUCACUGAGGGCAGAGGCGUUGCUUUUCAGUUUGGUAGGGUGGGCAGGGGCCGCUGUUCAUAACCCAUAUCACCCAGCAAACAAUCCAAAGUGAGAUACAGUAGUAGUUUUGCCUUAGCAUCUCACAGAGCCAAACUUUGCAAAGUCCAUCAACUCAUGUUACAUUCAACCAAAUUGAUCAACUAAAACUGACUCUGCUUUCAAUAUUGUUUGGAAUUGGAAUGAACUACAAACUCUGCUGAUCAGAGACUAAAGAGCUUGGUUCCGCUUUGGUUGACUGCUCAGUCUUUUGUAUGUACUAGAAUAAGGUCCUGAGUUGUUCCCUGCAAAACACAUUAGCUGCCCGAACGAACACAAAUAAAGUUAUUCUGUUAUCUGUUUGCACAGCAUGCAGUUGCUUUGGGACUUUUUAAAAUUGUAUUUAUAAUACUGAACUUCCCCUGUCUUCAUUCGUUGAAGAGAGAGUGCACAGUUCCAUUGUUUGACAUAAGAGACUGCCGCCAAUGCAAUUAGGGGUCAAAUGUUUAAUAAAUAUUGUUCACUUAUUUGGUGAUUAUAUUAUUGCAAUAAAUAAAUAAUUGUUAUGAGGUAGGAUGUUUAACUCAA